AUGACUAAGUAUAGUCCCAUUCUUCAACAUUCGGAAUGGCGAUCUUGGCCCGACCCUCUUUCUUAUAAGGUACUUUUGCUACAGCAGAGGGCAGUUGCCAAGAGUGGAGUUCACGUGUCCCAAAGGGAAGAGCUCUUGAGCUCCCUCUCCCUCUAUUUUAAGACAGACUUUGAGUUUGAGCGGGGAGGGCGAGAUGACAAGGGAAUCGGCCAAAGGCAUCUAUCAUCUCAUCGGAGAAGCGGUCCUAAUCUAAUAAAGGGUUGCCUUGCCUUACCAAAAGGAGUGAAAUGUAAAUGGCAAUCCCCGGUGCCAAGAAAGUAA